CAAAUGACUGAGGAUUUUAGACAGGCACCUGGAAAGACAGCCGGAUACAAUGCGAAGUGGUCCUGCGGGCGUCCCCGUUGCAUAGAAACGAAAAUCAUCGGGCACGUCGCAUAUUUACAAACUUGAGCUACCUGUUAACCCCGAUAAAUGAAGGAAAUCGUUUACGUUUUCAUAUGCUGGGAAAGAAUCAUUUUUCCGCGACAACAAGCGACGUUUAACCGGGCUUAACAACUGCGGCCAACGCUAGUUCUGUUAGCUUACUUGCGACUAACAAUCUUCCCUCCUGAGUGCGCUGUGAAAGGUACACUUCAGCACUUCAGAAAGAGAAUGUAAUCAGUGACGGGCUCAGUUUUGUUGUCAGUUUCUGUGAGCAUCUGUUUUUACUGACGUGAACCCUGACGAACCAGGAAUAAUUGAAGAAAAGGCGAACCUCAAGUAACUAAUGGCAAGCUAGCUAAUACUCCCUGGGCAGUAGCCGUCUAUCUGAGCUCCUGUGGGAGCCUAACGGCAUUUUUUCAGGUAUUUAUAGCAGCAAUCAAAAAGUGAGGGAAAAGCAGAGAGAUAUGGCUGUUGACGCUGGCAGCAUCCCUGAACUGGACCAAAAGAAAUACGAUGCGGACGAACAGGUGAAGAUCAUCUGCCUGGGAGACAGCGCAGUUGGUAAAUCUAAGCUAAUGGAGAGGUUUCUCAUGGACGAAUAUCGUCCCCAGCAGUUGUCAACCUAUGCCUUGACGCUCUACAAACACACAGCCACUGUAGGAAACAAGACCAUAGCAGUUGAUUUCUGGGACACUGCUGGCCAGGAGAGGUUUCAAAACAUGCAUCCUUCAUACUACCACAAAGCACAUGCAUGCAUUAUGGUUUUUGAUGUUCAAAGGAAGCUCACAUAUAAGAAUUUAGCCAACUGGUAUAAGGAACUAAGAGAGUACAGACCAGAGAUACCCUGCUGCGUUGUUGCCAACAAAAUUGAUGCCGACAUGAAGGUCACACAAAGAAGCUUCAACUUCGGGAAGAAGCAAGGACUCCCGUUUUACUUUGUGUCAGCAGCUGAUGGAACCAAUGUAGUUAAGAUGUUCAGAGACAUGAUCAAAAGAGCAGUGGAGUACAAGCAAAACCCCAGUGACUUCAUGGAUGAAGUGAUGCAAGAAUUAGAGAAUUUUGACCUCGAGAAGAAAGAUAAUUCAGAGGCAGAAGAGGACGGAUUGAAGGCAGAGAGUCCGGAGUUAGUUUAAAACAUUUCUGAUGACACCUAAAGGAUCAUUUCUGCUGCUUCUGUCCGGUGUCAAGACUUCUGAAUCUCCGUGACCGACACUAUCAGCAGGAACACUAAUUGUAAUUUUGGUGGUCUGCUUUUUAAUUGAUUGGAGGAUGGCGCACGGUAAUUUAGUGAUGUUUUAAAUUACUGCCCUCCAUCUAUCUAGUGACGGUAGCGGGGAAUAAUAAAUGUGGUGGAAUGAAUAGGAUUUUUGUUGUUUACAGAGCUCAUUUAGCUGCUGUCAUUCAUACUUUGAACAAUAUCUACUAUUCUUAAGGUAGAAAAUGAAUGUUUGCUUAAGUGUGGAAAAAUUACUAUGUGAAGCAUUAAAAAGUAACUCGCACAGCAAAGAGAACGUGUGAUUAUGAACUGUACUUGCUGCUGUUCUCAGUGUUUGUGUGUAGUGUUGUGUGCCGUGCCAGCAGGGGAGCUGCAUCUGUCGGCUGCAUUAAUUUUAUGAUUUAAAUUUUGUGUGUUUUUUAUCACUUCAAUAAAUGAGAACUUAAUGUACCAUGCAA